AUGUCUGCAGAAUACGAAGGAAAGGAUCCCAUGGAGAUCGCAAAGCAAGCAGAGCGAGACCUCAACUCCGACUCAGCCAAGAGAGGCCAUGGCACCGACGGGACGAACGUUUUGUCUAUGGGUGGUAGUGACAGCACCGCCGAGUCGGGAGUAGAUGAGAGCGUGACGGAGAAGUUCCCUGGAAGCACGGUGACAUACGGCUCAGCAGCUUCCGGCGCCGGUGGCAACCGCGACAUCCCGGAGGAGGAGGGUGGUGAUAUCAACCCAAACACUGGGAAGUAAGUUGGGACGCUCCAGCAUCUCCUCCAUUCCCCACAGCAUCUGACACUGCCCUUUUCUGCAGACCAUUCAAAGCGCGCGACUACGAAGGCAUUGGGGGCCCCGAAGACAAGGCUCAGGCGUAUGCUGAGGCACA